AUUGCCUUCGCAGCAGCCAUAAGACCGGCGAAUUCUCGUACAUGACUACAAAGUUCUUGAGUCAAAUGUGGCUCUAAAUUCUUGUAGUACUUUGCCAAGAUGUUGUUCCAGGCCAGACAGGGCACUGCCCUAUUCCUGAACCUGGGAGGAAAUGUUCGCAAACUCUCUCUCCAAUGUACACGAGGUUUUCGCCAGGCUGCAAAACAAUAUUGCCAGAAGGUCGAGGAGAAAACUAUUGCAGGAACGCCAUACAAAAACCUGACAAUAGGUGUUCCCCGAGAACAGUUUCCCAAUGAAAAGCGUGUGGCUCUUAGUCCAGCAGCUGUAGCUAACCUUACCAAAAAAGGUUUCAAUGUUAAUGUAGAAAAGGGAGCAGGACUUGAGGCAAAAUUUUUAGACAGUGAUUAUGAAGCUUCAGGUGCAAAAAUUACAUCAGUCAAUGAUGCAUUCAAGUCAGACAUUGUUCUUAAGGUGCGAGCACCCGAGGUGAGCGAGAUCCCAAAUUUCAAAGACAACGCCACUCUGAUUAGCUUUGUUUACCCAAAACAGAAUGCUGAUCUUGUACAGCAGCUUACAUCAAAAAAGCUCAAUGUGUUUGCUAUGGACAUGGUGCCCAGGAUCUCUCGAGCACAGGUGUUUGACGCACUCAGUUCUAUGGCAAACAUUGCUGGAUACAAAGCUGUGGUGGAAGCUGCCAACAACUUUGGUCGCUUCUUCACAGGUCAGAUCACUGCCGCUGGUAAAGUGCCACCUGCAAAAGUUUUCAUCAUUGGAGGAGGUGUAGCAGGUCUUGCUGCUGUAGGUACUGCCAAAAACAUGGGUGCGAUUGUGCGUGCCUAUGAUGUCCGACCAGCUGUGAAAGAACAGGUGGAGUCACUUGGAGGGGAAUUUCUGGAGGUGUCUGUAAAGGAGUCAGGAGCAGGAGAGGGAGGUUAUGCUAAAGACCUUAGCGAGAUGUCCCAGGAGUUCCAAGAUGCACAGAAGGCAUUAUAUGCUAAGCAGUGCAAGGAUGUGGACAUUGUCAUUACAACUGCCUUAGUGCCUGGUAAACGUGCCCCAGUCCUCAUCACCAAGGCAAUGGUAGAUUCAAUGAAGCCUGGCUCUGUUGUGGUGGAUCUUGCUGCAGAGGCUGGUGGUAACAUUGAGACCAUUAAGCCAGGAGAGCUCUACCGUUACAACGAUGUCACACACAUUGGAUAUUCAGACCUUCCUAGUCGCCUUCCCACACAGUCCAGCACACUUUAUGCCAACAACAUCUCUAAACUGCUCCUGUCAUUUGGGGAGAAGGACCACUUCAACAUCAACCUAGAGGAUGAAGUAGUGCGAGGAUCUAUUGUUAUGCAAAAUGGCAAUAUUUUACCACCAGCACCACCCCCGAAAUUGGAUGCUGUAGCCCCUAAGCCCACUGAGGCACCAGUCAAGGUUCAGCCCCCACCGCCACUAGACAAGAAAGCUCAAACAAUGCGUGAGGCAGCAGUGUAUUCAGCUGGACUUACUGGAGCCAUAGGACUGGGAACAUUGUCACCAAACCCAGCCUUUACCACUAUGUUUACUACAUUCAGUUUGGCAGGAAUUGUUGGUUACCACACAGUGUGGGGAGUAACUCCAGCUCUUCAUUCUCCUCUGAUGUCCGUCACUAACGCUAUCUCUGGUUCAACAGCAGUAGGUGGACUUCUCCUCAUGGGUGGUGGAUACUAUCCUACCAAUGCCAUGGAGGGCUUUGCUGCUGCAGCUACCUUCCUUUCUGCCAUCAACAUUGGCGGAGGCUUUACUGUUACACAGAGAAUGCUUGACAUGUUCAAACGUCCAACUGACCCCACUGAGUAUAACACCCUUUACGCCAUACCGGGAGGAGCAUUCCUUGGAUCUUAUGGUCUAGCUCUGAAUAUGGGAGAGUACCCAGAUGUCCACCAGAUGGUGUACCUGGCUUCUGGAUUGUGCUGUGUUGGUGCCUUAACAGGGCUUGCUUCACAGAAAACUGCACGAGUGGGUAAUGCCCUUGGAAUGAUUGGCGUGGCUGGAGCACUUGGCGGUACACUGGGAAUCCUCAAGCCAAACUAUGAAAACUUUGCUCAGAUGGCUGCCUGCAUGGGAUCAGGUGGACUGUUGGGAGCAGUUGCUGCUAAGCGUAUGGAGGUGACAGACCUGCCUCAGGUAGUGGCCCUUUUCCACAGUUUGGUAGGUGUGGCUGCAGUCCUGACUUGCUACAGUAAUUACAUCCUGGAGCAGCCACACUUUGCCACAGAUCCAGCAGCUGGAGUCAUCAAGACUUUCAUCUUUCUUGGAACUUUCAUUGGUGGUGUCACCUUCACUGGAAGUCUGGUAGCCUUUGGCAAACUUCACGGUGUCUUGAAGUCAGAUCCAUUGCUUCUGCCAGGGAGGCAUGUGAUGAAUGCCUCUAUGAUGGGUGUCAAUGCAGCUGCUAUGGGCCUCUUUCUGGCCAGUGGUGACCCAAUGACCCAUAUGGGUGCACUUUGUACCACUACAGCUCUGUCCUCUGCCCUGGGUGUGACUCUCACUGCAGCAAUUGGAGGUGCUGACAUGCCGGUGGUCAUUACUGUACUCAACAGCUACUCUGGCUGGGCAUUGUGUGCUGAAGGCUUCAUGUUGAACAAUAACAUCAUGACCAUUGUGGGUGCUAUGAUCGGAUCUUCUGGAGCUAUUCUCUCCUACAUCAUGUGUAAGGCCAUGAACCGAUCUCUGACCAGCGUCAUUCUCGGUGGUUAUGGUACCUUGGCAACCGGCGGAGGUAAACCCAUGGAGAUUACUGGUGAACACACUGAGAUCAAUGUGGAUGCUGCUGCUGAUCUCAUUACACAAUCCCGCAACAUCAUUAUCACCCCAGGCUACGGACUCUGUGUUGCCAAGGCCCAGUACCCAAUCGCCGAAAUGGUCGAACUUCUCAAGAACAAAGGCAUCGAAUGUCGCUUUGGUGUCCACCCAGUGGCUGGUCGUAUGCCGGGUCAGCUGAACGUUUUGCUAGCUGAGGCUGGAGUACCUUACGAUGUUGUUUUGGAAAUGGACGAGAUUAAUGAUGAUUUCCCAGAAACAGAUCUGGUCUUGGUGAUUGGAGCUAACGACACCGUCAACUCGGCAGCAGAAGAAGAUCCCAACUCCAUCAUUGCAGGCAUGCCUGUCCUUCGCGUUUGGAACUCCAAAAAUGUGAUCGUCAUGAAGAGGACCCUUGGAGUAGGUUAUGCAGCUGUAGAUAACCCAAUCUUCUUCAAAGAGAACACUUCCAUGUUGCUAGGCGAUGCCAAGAAGACAUGUGAUGCUCUAUUAGCCAAAGUCAGAACACAUUAUGAAGAUUAACACUAAUGAAAUAUUAGUGACUUGAAAUUAACAUUUUUGGUGUGGAUUUGUUUCACAAAUAUUUCUUCUCAUUUGAAAUCAUGUUAAGUUAUCAGAGAAAAUGAGAUUUCUUUGUGUUUGAAAAUGAUUGUAAAUUAUCAGAGAAAAAUUUGUGUGAACCAAUUCUACAGAUACAUCGAACAGGAAAAAGUGCUUUCACCAUCCGUUUUGAAUGAGAUAUUUGGAGAAAAUGUUCAGGAGUUCCACAAGAGACAGCUCAUAAUAAUAGAAUUUUCCAGUGAGUUAUUAAAAUGUAGCCUUCAAAGCUGUACUGGAGAGGACACUUCAGUAUUAUUAUUAUUAUUCAGGUGAUUUUGAUGGCAGUUGCCUUCUAGUCCUUGUACCACAUGACAUUAACACACAUUUUUGUACCUAAUUUUAAACUGAUUAUUGGCCCUUUAUCAUUGCUUGCUCUAUGAGGAUUACAGAACAAAUUGUGCUUUACAAUCUGGAAAUCGCCUUCAGGGCUCUGUUUUUCCAAUUAUUGUGAUUUGAAAAUUGUCUUUUGUAUAGAAAAAAAAUAUUUCAAACUUUCAACCUGCUCUCAUUGAUUGAAGCUUUAGGUUUUAGUAUUGGUACAGGCUAGCCCUGAUAUCUAAACAGUAAGACUGGACUACUACACUCUAUGAAAAAGAAAAACAUUAAUGAAUAAGAUAUCUAAGAUAUUAUUUUUGCGAUCAUGAGUCAAUGACGUGGUAAUAAUUAAGGAAAACUUGAAAUAGACGACAGCUACAUGUAUAUAUUUUAUUCCUGAAUGUCUUUAGAAAUUUGAAAUAGAAAACCAUUUCUCGCAACAAAAAGCCAAAAUUACAGACAAAUCUACAGGUAAGAAUCUCUAGAAAUGAACUUGACCCAAGUUUUCAUAAAUGCUGCUAAAUCUAAGGUAAUUCCUUAACUUUAGUCUUGUCCAAUCUUUAGAGUUAGGAGUUGGGGAGAAAUUUUGGUUGAAGAUUGCUUCCUUGAAUUCUGUAAAUUUUAUAUGGAAAUUUUUUUAAGAUAAGAAUUAUUAAGAAACAUUUGUUAAACUAGGGCCUUGUUUCACUACUUUGUCCCACAAGAGUCUAGAAGCUAAGACCUCUUAAUGGCUGUCCAGUUAUCAAGUUAAAUCAUUCUAGGAAGAAUUAUUGAUUGUUAAUCAUGAAUAAAGUUUGACAAGGGUUUUGAGUCCUGGACCGUUUUGAAUUUGGUGUAUUUAUUGUCUGCUACUUCUGGUUGUUAGGUGCUGUGGGUUGAACCUCCAGUACCAUGUGUGUCAUACAUAUAGAGACCAAUCUGGUGAAGUAAACUCAUUUUAUAUACAAAA